AAACCCUGAAUAAUACCGCUAAUUACUUGAAUUUAAGUAAUAUCUGACUCAGGCCAAUUUGCCUUACACACACACACGCAUAGAAACAUAUAUCCAAACCUUACCUUAAAGUGCUUGUGACACGAAAAAGCAUGUUUAUUUCAUAAUACACGCGGUAUUUUAUGCUCCUGAAUGAUAUGGACCGCUUGGAUGUGUGUGGAAGCGAUCGCUAUAUUUAUUUAGUUUUGUGAAUCCCGCGCCAGGAAAAUGAGUGACUUCCGGCUUCGGUCUCGCAUUGAGGAGGAGGGCGCUGUGACGUGUACGGUAGAAGACGUCCUCUUCACGCUACAGUGUACUGUUGUGUAUGAGGACGAAGGAUUCAGCUGAUUUUGCGGAUUAAUACUUUUAUUUUUUGCAUCACGCCAGCCAAACGGCUGCAGAAAAAUCAUUCUGUAUGCGGGAGAGGCGUAUGCGCCUUUUUGGAGUUUCAAAAGGUUCCCAUUCACCGUGGAUAUUUACUGUGGGACCAUUGGACUUACAAGGAAGUGCCCACGGAGUGAGAGAGGAGCCUCGGUUUGUGACGGCACGCGCCGGAGAGAGCGUGAUCCUGGGGUGCGACGUGUCCCCUCCCCUGGAUGGCCAGCAGCCCCCAUAUGUGGUGGAGUGGUUCAAGUUUGGAGUGCCUAUUCCCUUCUUCAUCAACUUCCGCUUCUACCCUCCCCAUGUGGAUCCAGAGUACACUGGUCGAGCCUCUCUGCACGGGAAGGCCUCCCUGCAGAUCGAGCCGGUGCGCUCAGAGGACCAGGGCUGGUACGAGUGCAGGGUCCUGAUGUUGGAGCAACAGUACAACACCUUCAACAACGGCAGCUGGGUGCACCUCACGGUCAACGCGCCGCCAACAUUUACAUCGACGCCACCGCAGUAUGUGGAGGCCAAAGAGGGGGGCAGCAUCCUGCUCAGCUGCUUUGCCCAGGGAAACCCCAAACCCGGAAUCAGCUGGCUGAGGGAGGGGGAGGAGCUAGCCACCAAUGCUAAAUAUUCGGUCCAUGAUGGAAGCCUGACCAUCCUCGGUAUCACCCGCGACGACAGGGGGGCGUACACGUGCAGAGCCUACAGCGACCAAGGGGAGGUGCUGCACACCACCCGUCUGCUGGUGCAAGGGCCUCCGUUCAUCGUCUCCCCACCAGAAAAUGUCACUGUCAACAUAUCACAGAAUGCACUGUUCACCUGCCAAGCUGAGGCCUAUCCUGGCAACCUGACCUACACCUGGUUCUUGGAGGAUGAAAACGUCUACUUCAAGAAUGACCUGAAGCUGCGAGUGCGCAUCCUCAUCGACGGCACCCUCAUCAUCUUCCGGGUCAAGCCCGAGGACGCCGGAAAGUACACGUGCAGCCCGAGCAAUAGCCUAGGCAUCUCGCCGUCUGCAUCGGCUUACCUUACCGUUCAGUACCCUGCCCGAGUGAUCAACAUGCCCUCGGUCAUCUACGUCCCCCGCAAAUUGCCUGGCACUAUCCGCUGCCCGGCCGAUGCCAACCCACCCGUGACGUCUGUCAAGUGGGAAAAAGACGGCUACCCUUUGAGAGUGGAGAAGUAUCCCGGUUGGAGCCUAACAUCAGACGGGAGUAUCCGAGUAGCCGAGGCCACAGAGGACUCCCUGGGCACCUACACCUGUGUGCCUUACAACGCCCUGGGUACCAUGGGCAUGUCCCCCCCUGCCACUCUGGUGCUAAAGGAUCCCCCUUACUUUAACGUGAGGCCUGGGGGGGAGUACCGACAGGAGGCUGGCAGAGAGUUAGUCAUCCCCUGCGCUGCUUCUGGAGACCCAGAUAUUCCCAGCAUCACUUGGAGAAAGGUUGGGAAGCCAAGCCGAAGCAAGCACAACAUCCUGCUCAGCGGCAGCCUACAGUUUGUGUCGCUCAGCAAGGAGGACCAUGGAGAGUGGGAGUGCGUCGCUACUAACGUAGUCACGAGCAUCACUGCCAGCACCAGGAUCGUGGUCAUUGGCACCAGCCCACACGCUCCCGGCAACAUCCAUGUGGUGCCCUCAACCACCUCCGCUAAUGUGUCCUGGGAACCGGGCUACGACGGCGGCUUCGAGCAGACUUUUUCCGUGUGGUACGGUCCAGUGUCAAAGAGAGUGGACUUCGGUCCACACGACUGGCAUUCCAUGCCGGUUUCUGGUGCUCAGACGUGGUUGCUGGUGCCAGGGCUGGAGCCUGGGACAGAGUAUCAGUUCAGUGUGCUGGCACAAAACAAACUGGGCACUGGCCCAUUCAGCGAAGUUGUGACAGUCCACACUGCAGGCUCUCCCCUGGGUACCCCAGAACCACUGGUGCUUCUUACCCCACCACGGUGCCUCACCGCCAACCGGACUCAGCACGGCGUCCUGCUCACCUGGCUCCCCCCGGGCAACCACUCCUCGCCCAUCAACCGCUAUAUCAUGGAGUUCCGUCUUGGGGAGCGAUGGGAGACCCUGGAUGACCUGAUUCCGUCCACUGAAACUGAAAUUGUCGCCAGAGACCUGGUUCAGGAGUCCUGGUAUGAAUUUCGAGUGAUGGCAGUCAUGGAAGACCUGAUCAGCGAGAGCAGCAAUGUAGUGGGAGUGUCCAGCACAGAUCCUUUUCCCCCUGCGGAGGUAGCCGAUGAGGGUCUAGCUCGCCCAGUGGUUGCAGGCGUGGUUGCAACCAUUUGUUUUCUAGCAGCGGCCGUGCUGUUCAGCACGCUAGCGGCGUGCUUCGUAAACAAGCAGCACCGCCGCAAGCUUAAGCGCAAACCGGAUCCUCCCUUGUCUGUGACGCACUUCAGGAAAAGUGUGGAAUCCCCGCCUCCUCUCACCCCCUUGCCAGGGGUAGAGCCCUGUUGGGACGAGCCUGCCAGGAGCACUUUCUUGCCCCCGCCCGCCAGCCCCCUGUUGUCAUCAGGGAAAAUAAGCCCGGAGAGCUCCCCACCAUCUCGGCCGCGCUCCAUUUCUUCUGAGGGCUCCCAUGGUCCUGGUCUGUAUGUCAGGAAGCUGCCCAGCCCUCAGCGGGAGAAGGACAAGGAGCUUUCCUUCUACAAGAAAACCAAGCGUGCCAUAGCCAGCAAGAAGUACAGCGUGUCCAAGCACGAAGCGGAAGUCACCACGCCAAUCGAGUUGAUAUGCCGAGGCCCCGAUGGCCGCUUCGUCAUGGAAACCAGCCCGCCUCAUCGCCGCAUCCAGGGCUUUCCCUUCGCGGAGGAAUCCGAUCUGUACCCCGAGUUCCGACAGUCUGAUGAGGAGAAUGAUUUCGACCCAGGCCCUCUGCCGCCUAUCAUGCCCACGCUGAGGCCCCAGCUUUCUCCGACGUCCUCAAGCCUGGAGUCCACGCAGCCCCCCACCUACAGCCCCCACCUGCACAGGGCCAUGGAAGGUAUGAGCUUUGCAGAGGGCAGUGCAAUUCACGCCUCGGGGCAGGCCCCGUCCGCCCGCUACAGGGGCUUCCCCCAAGGCCCCUUCUAUGGUUAUCUAGGCAGCCGCGUCGAAUCAGGGAUACCACCACCAUUCUACAUGCCUGACGUUAGCCCACAUAGCUCCGCUCUGUCCUCACCCCCGGGCACCUCUGAGGGGCCCUUUGGCUAUCCCUCCAUUCCUGAGGAGAGCGGAGAAGUGGAGCACCAUCAGUACACUGCGUCUGGCCAUUCUCUGUCUCACACUCACAGCCCUUCGCCUCGCUCACCCGACAGCUGGCAGCCUCAAGCGUUACCCUUCCUGGGUCUGGAGGGUCCACGCUUCAUGCUUCCCCCUCACCAUUCUUUACAUCAUCCGGACAUGCCCGACCCACCCUCGUACCUCUCUCACUCGCUCCCACCCGGUCGCCUCCACCUGCCUCCCCUGACGGAUCCGACAAGUCCGAGACUCCUGCAGCUGGAGGUCCCUGUGGCUCCCCCGGGCAGAGACAGGCCCCCGGGCCCUCCAGUUAGGCGUUUAGCUAUGCAACAGGCCCAAAGUCUCGGCCAGCUCAGACACACGGCCCACGGAGUGGGUGUACCAGUGUUGCCUUACCCUGACCCGGCAGCCCGCGCAGGGAGCCCAAGCACAGCCCCAAGUAGUAGCCCCCAGUCCUGGCUCAGCCCGAGGGCGGGGCGCCGAGCAGACCCCAGCCUGCCCCCCUUAGUACUUCAACCAUCACGCCUGUCCCCACUCUCUCAAAGCCCCCUUAGCACCCAGCCGGGUUCUCCAGAUAUUCUAGUGCGCCCACCUCCACGCCCCGGCAUCCUCCGCACCUCUCGGUCUUUGGAGAUGCCCGAGCUCACCCUGCAGCCCUCGGCCACCUUCUCCCGGAGGUCCUCCCUGACUGCCUCUCCUACUCCGAGUCAGGGCGACAAGCAGGCCAGCUCCAGUUACCAGGCAGCCCACAUGUCCUACGCCUCCACGGCAGCCAGUUACCCCUCGCAGUCCCCUUCUCCCCCGCCGGAAGGCAGGGAUGUUUUCGGGCAAAGGCCGUCCCAGAGAAGGACAGAGGAGGAGAUGCUACCCUCAGAGCCCUCCCAGCUCCAGAUAUCAGCCUCAGGGGACCCUCUAGGUGGGGCUAGUGACGCUGCUGCUGGGUCUGAGAGUCUACCAGCACUGCUGCACCACUGUAUCACUAAAGCCAAGGGAGUGGCUGCCAACAUCAAUAACAACGCAACCUCCACAAAGAGAACUGGUGCAGCCUCAUCUCAGACCCAGCAGCCAUGUCAGACGCCCCACCGGGACGAGGUGCCUGGCAGAACGAAAAAAAGGCAAACUAAGAAGAACCCCUAUAUCUAUUUGACCUCCUUGCUGCAUCGCAGGCGCUCCGAGGACGACCAGACAGGCAUCCUGACCGGUGCCGACACGGAAGGCCCCAAUUACGGGACCCUCCGCUGACCCGAGGGGUCAAGCCAUUGAACUUGACUAAAGCCCAUCUGAGCCCGCUGUGCUCAACCGCCACCACAUUCUGAUCUUAGUAUCAAGCUAAUAGCUUUCUUAUCAUCUCUUAAGCAGAUUGGUGGUUUCACGGAGGCAACAGUGUGAGUACGUGAACGAUUAGUUUGGCUUCCCUCCAUCUCACUUGAAAAGAUAUAUAAUGUAUAUAAAUAGUAAAAACAAGGGAGCAAAGUUCACGCUACAGUAAUAAAGACGUUUUUUUUUCCACUCAAGCGGGAAGUGGCGGGCGGGGCUCCAUAUGUUUUUCCAGUGAUACAGUGUACUGUUAUGCCCGGUGCGUCCAUUCACCGACUUUUCCUACAAUACAAAUAGUGUCAGUAUUUAAACACAGGGUUUUUACCACCAAAUAUACCUCAGAGUAAACGCAGAGUUGCUGUAAUUCUUGUGGUAUACUGUACGUACUUGACCUUUUUACAUAUGGAGAAAAAAAAGGUUGGGAUCAAGUGAUGCGCUCGUUUUUUUGCUCGACACGGUAGCUAGCGUUUGGUUCUUGCUAUUAGCUUGUGUUUAUUUAUCACUCAGACUGUGUCUUGAUGCUAACUUGUUCACCGCUGUUGAAGGCGAUAGAGUUCCAAUCUCGGAGAAACGGCAGUUGAAUCAUUCUAUCGUGGUCAGUGGCGGCGAAUAGGUUAAGAGGUUGGAUUCGCCAGCCGCGGGCGGGUUUCAGACGAACAGGGUGUCCAAUCGUAUAAUGUUGCAUAAGAUGAAUUUCACUUGUGACGCGUGGCACAUCUAGAGGUGCCUUUUUUGCCUUUGCGCUCGUCUUUUUUCUAGCUUAAACUUGCCUUUUCCGUCGCCUUCUCACAUUAGUCACGUCGGGGAGGACGCUAAUACUGCUGUUGUUCUGUUUUGCUAGAAAGAAAGCAUGACUCCUGUUUGAUUUGUUUGUUGGCUUUUUAUAGUUUCAAGUGUGCAUUUCCAAGAAGAUAUGAAACGCACAGGGCUACCAAAAGGGAAAUAAGGCAAUUAAAAAAAACAAACAAAAAAAAACAAAAACAAUAAAUAAUAGUAAAUGCAGACAAAAUAUAAGUGCUGCAUGUAAAAUAGGAACUCAGCUAGCAUACGAUGCCUCAUUAAGCUGGAAAGUGCUAAAAGCAAUGAAUAAUACACACUGGACCCUAGGGAGUUGACGGUAAAAACAAAAAUGUGUCUAUUAUUAGUUUAAAUACCAUGAAAGUGGAUAUUAAUAAGGAAUUACUUGAAUAAUAAUGAAAAACUCCAAUAUCAAAUGCGAUAAAAUGUUUAUUUCCUUAACAGAAUCAAAAAAUCAAAAUCAAAGCAAAAAGCUAGAAGAAAAAUGCAUGUGUUAUAUUUUUAGUUUUCUACUUGUUGCCAUUUCACUCAAAAUGUGGCACAGUAACAAACACAAAACACUAAAUUUUGUGUCCGAGUCCCAAGGGUCCACUUUACUCAACCACAAACAAUAAUAUGACUGUUUAACAAGUGUAUUUUACUUUCUAGCUACUGUUCUGUAUGUUUGUUGAUUUUCUGACACUAGCCGAUAAUGAAUGUAUGUUUUUCGCUAUACAGGAAAUGAAUGUCCCGAUGUCGCAGUGCAUUGAAUGACCGCUGAUGUUGUUUUCCUUUUGAUGAAGGUUCAACUUGCAUCCAGGACAAAUUAUUCACUACUGUCGGGCCCCUUUACAAGCUUUGUUUUGUUUUCAACACUUUUUCAAUCAUGCAACUAUGACAAGGAAUUUGCCACAGAUGAGAAAUCAAAGGUGAUGAUUGCCUAAAAGUGAACGUCUACGCAAACUGGUCAUUUAAGAAGAACAAAAAAUAUAAGAUCUAUAUUUGUAAUGUACUGUACAUGUAUUGUAUUUGUAAAGAGAAACCACGUUUUACAGGAAGACCGUCUUGUAAUGAGGAUGUACAAAAAUGUCAAGAGACGUAGAGAGAAAUUAGAUUAUAUAUAUAUUAAACACAAAAAAACAGUAAUUGCUUACAGUACGGCUUUAAGUGGAAAUAUUUUAAGGUGCCUCGCUUGUCAUGCUUUUAGCGCACAUUGUUUUACCCCAGAGGAAUGAACGUAAUCAUGUUUGCAGCGUAUAAUGUAUCGCUUCUGUUUGUAGAUUUUAUCCUGUCAAUUUUUUAACUUUUAAACCUAUUUAAGCCGCUCACACAGAGACCUUGCAAAAUUCCUGCAUCAGAGUUUUGACAUUAGGGCUGGGCAAGAUGUUAUCAAAUUUUUUAAAAUACAGUGGUACCUCGACAUACGAUCGCUUCAGCACACGAUCUUUUCGACAUAAGAGGUAACAUUUGACCCGCCAUUUGUUUCUACAUCUGACGACAUGCUCGAAAUACGAUUAAUGACAGCGCCGCAGUUUCUUUGUUUUCCCGCAAAACGGACGUACGGCGGAUUUUCUUGUGAGAGAAAUUAACAUGGGUUCCAGCAAUGUUAGUUCAGGUGGUGAAUAAAGGUAAAAAGUGAGGCUUAACAUUGAAAUUAAGAUAGAACUUAUAGAAAAAUAUGAGCGUGGGGCGCGGAUCCGUGAACUGGCUCAACAUUAUGGCCGUAGAAGGUCUAUGAUCUCGGCGGUCCUCCUCGUUCGCCAUUCUUUAUAAGUUAAGGUGACAAUUAUUAUUACCGUAACAUCGCCAAAGAAAUCGCCAGCUUCCUUGGGUUUUUGAUAAUUUAUUUUUAUGCCUACUGUCCGUCCCAGCUGAACAUGUAAAGUGAAAGUAAAACGUCCUCCCUCACUCUGACAUGUCAACCAUGCAUUGCGUUCAGGUACACCACACAAAAAUACAUCUGCCACAUUAAAACCCGAUUUGUUACAUUAUUACAAUUAUUAUUAUUACUAUUAUUAUAUUAUUAUUAUUCCGAUUUUUAUUCAUAAUUUAUUCGUUUUGCUCUGUGUAAUUGCUAUAUGCAAUAGUACCAGCAGUAUUUAGUUAGGAUUUAGUGUAGGUUUUCGGGCUAUGGAACGAAUUAAUGGAAUUAUAAUGUAUUCUUAUGGGAAAAUCCUGCUUGACAUACAACCAUUUCGAACGAAUUAACUUCGUAUGUAGAGCUACCACUGUAUAUAAAUGAUUUUUUCCCCGCAAUUUUUAAAAAUUUAUAGCUUCCCCUUUUCUUGGUGUUUACUUCUCCUUAUACUAAACAAGCUUUGUGACAAGCAAAUAAUAAGAAAAUGUUUACUAUCAAAACAUGCAUGGAAGUACAAUCUUAAAUGUUUUAUCAUUUUAAAUAUGAAUUGGGACUUCUGAAGGCUGGCUUCCGCUAGUGUUUUCCAACUGUUUUUCAAGCCAAAGCUAUUUUUUUAACAAUAGGAAAAUCUCACAGGACAGCACACAACAAAAAGGAGUCCCCCUUGUGAAUCAAAUGCCAAAAAGCAUUUAUGCUGCGGAGAACAAUCCAGUUUUAUUGGAGGGCAAUUCUUGAUUUUGAUCCUUAUUUAUGAAGUGCAAAUCAUUUCAUUAAACCAUAGGUUUGAGGCAGAAGUGAUAUUGAAGGAAAAGUUUAAACUAGCUUUCUAGCAAGCUAUCCAACUAAUUGUAAACAUAGGCCUGAAGAAUGAAGUAGAAAAAAAAGGACAGUUUAAUGUGCAGACUGUAAACUAAAAUUAAUUAAACGAAACAACUAAAAGUAAAUAGGGAUUUAGAUAGAAUGUGGCCGAUUCAGUUCCAUCUCUUUCUUCUUAUUUCCGCAAAGAUUUUCUUGGUUUCGGCCAUUUCCAGGAUUGUUUUAUUGGAAAAGUGUUGCUGCCAACGCUUUUUGAAUAUUCAUCAUAGACAUUUGAUUUGGAAUACAUCCAGCUUUUCCCCCUCUCCUUUGGUCAGCUUCCAAGUCUCACAGCCCUAUAACAGCACUGACAGCACCAGGCUUCUGUGGAAGUAGGUUUUUCUCUUCUUGCUGAUGUCUCCAAUUGCCCAAAUUUUGCUCAGCCGCUUGUAUUGAGCAUUGGCCAUGAAUAUCAUUCUCUUUAUGCCAGCUCCUCCGACUUUGUCUUUGGCUAUCGAGAUAAAUGGAGCUCUCCACCUAUUUUACUUCAUUCCCUCUGACUUUCCACUUUUCAACAGGCUUGCUGUUCACCUUCAUUGCUUUGCACUUGUGGUCAUUCACCUUCAGUCUCACUUUGCGGGCAUUGUUCCUCCAACCUCGUUGUCUUUUUCUAUAAGUGACUCAUGGAGGAUGACAAAAAAUUGUUGGCAAAGUCCAGGUCUUUCCGCAGGUUCGAGAAGUUCCAUAUUAUGCCUCUUCUUUCUCCAUCUGUGGUCUUCAUCGCCCAGUCCAUUACGAGCAGGAACAGAAACCCUGACAUGCAGCAUCCCUGUUUUACUCCGUUGAUAACAAGGAACCAGUCUGUUGUCUCUCCUUUGUCUACGAUCGAGCAUUGGAAGUCUUUGAACAAAAUUCAAACCAUUCUGAUGAGCUUUUUGGGGGUUUAGGGUUAUGAAGGGGGCUCAUGAAGAUCCAGAGACUGUCUCAGUGGAUGGAGUCGAGUGCCAGAUCAGUGGCAGCAGCGUGACUCCUCUUUCUGUUCAGCUUUAGGUUGACUGUUGUCAUCUUUGUGGGUCUUGAGUUUCAUCUUGAUGCUGGUCCUCACCAGGUUGUGGUCGCUGUUGGAAUUCGCUCCCCUCUGUUCCCUAGAGUCCAAGACGGAUUAUCUCCACAGCCCACUGAUUAUAUGGUGGUCUAUUUGAUUGAAUUAUGACGAGGCUGUUCAUUUGGCUGAAGUCACACAGCCUCACUCCAUUGUCCUUCUGCUCUCCCAGGCCAUGAACCUCCAUCGUCCUCUCGUAUCUGGUGUUGCCCCUGCCCACCUUGGCGUUGAAGUCGCCCAUGAUGAUAAUGUUGUUGUUCUUGUUGCUUCCAUCAACUGUUUCCUGUAGCUCUUGGUCAAACUGCCCCUUUUCUGCUUCCUCAUUUUCAUUGUGGGGGACGUAAACCUGCAUGAUGGUGACCCUUCUUGGGUUAAAUAGAAUCAUAAUGAUUCUCUUGCCGAUGGGUGUCGAUGAGUGCUCUCUGUGCUUGCUGGCUGACUAUGAUAGCAACUCCUCCUUCAAGCAACUCCUUACCCCUGCUGUAGAGCACUGUCCUAGCUUUACCUUUCCGGCUCCCGUCCACAUGCAUUCACUGAUCCCUAGAAUGUCUAAUUUGUAUGUCUCCAUCUCCCUCGCUAUCCGUGCUGCAGCUCCUUCUCUGAACAUGGUCUUGACAUUCCAGUCUCUGAUGUUAAGUCUGUAUUUGGGGCUUACAAUGGGCCUUGUCGGGCGAUGAGCUUCCUGUGGGCAUUCACCCAUCGCUGUCAUGUCGCCAUAAUCUGCAAUCCCGUCUCUCCCAGGAUGUCUCGUAGAUUGAUGUCUAUUGUUUCUGUACCUCUACUUUUAUUUUUAAAGGUAGCUGGCCUUCUGCCCAACCCCCAGACUUGGAGGACCAGGGUUUUCUUUCAGAGUGUCCUUCCCUUACACUGCGUUGGUCCACGUGUGCAAUCCACCAUCCCAGAACCACGCCGUGACGCCGUGCAGUCCUAGCGUAUGUUUGGCAAGCGCCAUUUACCAGCGGCACCCAGCAGCCAUGAUGAAAACUACAGGCAAAAUGUAAUAUCCUGCACCUCGCCCUUUAUUCUGUGGACUGUUUUGAUUCUCGUGGAAGAUGUUGAAAAUGUGGCUUCCUUGGGGGACUAAAUAAUGUCACAAAAGUUAUAUGUAAUAACUGUUGAUCUUUUCUUAAUGUCCUUACAAAAUUGCUAAACACAAAGCCAAUACUCUGUUGUAGUAAUAGCAACAGAUUAAUUCUGUGGAGAAACAUUUAGUUGUUCUGCCUCACUAUAUGUUGCUGACAUGGAUAGCUGAACAAACCUUUUCAUAAAAAUAGCUAAAUCAUUGAAAUUCGCCCAGCCCUACUGACUGUUGAUCAGAAUAUUAGUACAGUGUAAACAAACAAACAAACAAACAAACAAAACUUUGUCAGACAGCGCCAUAGCUUUCAAAACAACAAAGCAAGAGAUUGGAGGUCUGUGUUACGGCUCCAAUACUACCUCUGAAGCUGAGAAAUUACCGGGUCGACUUCAUAUAAAGAAAUACAGAAACUGAUAGAGCGUCAAAAGGGGGCUUCUCUGACUCAAUAGUCUAACACUACUAAAACUUAACACUCCAGGCUUAUUACGUAGCAUUUCUAAACGUGGUAGCCGCUUCUCAGUAUUACGACUUGGUGCUACGUUUAAAACUGUGGUGCUGUAGAGUAGAAAAUACAUCCUCUUUAUUAUUUGUUUUUUUCCCGGUGGGUGAGUGGUGCUAAAACUAGAGCCGUCUCUCUUAUAACUGUGUGGAUUGCGAUGAUGGUAAUAGAACAAACAGUACUGGAAAUAAUAGUUGUGUAUUCUUAGAUAACCUCAGAAAAAAAACAACUAGAUUUGUGACCUUCAAAUGACCUCGAGAAUACUUGUUUCAAUAGCGUGUACGUAUGUAUGUCUGUGCUUCCAAGGUACCCUCUCGAAAAAGUAGUACUGAUAUGGAGUGUGUGAACCCAGCCUAAAUAAGGGAAAUCACCUGUAGGUCCACCAUUGGGAUUUUACAGCUGUUUUUUUCUGAAGCACGUCUUUUGCCACACCUCCGAUGUCAAGUGGAACCUUUUCACGCUGACAUCACACCACUUCUUCACUCCAGCAAAUGUCCUUUUUUGGCCUAUUUUUAGUGUGGGUGAAUAUAAUCAUUUAAAUACUAUGACAUUUAAAAUUUAAAAAUACUCAAGACAUGGCCUCCACAUAUGUGGACAUCACAUUUUUGGUCAUGUAGGCCACACUUGUAUCCUAAAUGUUAAUAUUGUGACCCAAAAUGUGAUGUCCACAUAUGUGGACGCCAUGUCUUGAGUAUUUUUAAGCUACCAAAUAUGCAUAGUCACUUGAUCUAUAAAGGGUUAAUGAAAUAAAUAAGACUUCCUCAGCCCCUCUAAUAAUCACAGGUGAUCUAUGAAGUAUACACACCCCUGUCCAAAUGCAAUUGCACGUUAAAGAAAAAAAAAAUUAAGAAUUCAAAUUAAAUGAGUGAUGGAACUUUAUUUUGUCUACACUUAAAUAUUAGUCAAAUUUUUCUUUUAUCCCUGACAAUAAUUAAAGGUGGUUUAAAUACCUGACAUGUUUGGGCGAACACUUCCGCUUUCAUCAGAGAGUCACUGGUGUCGGUGUGACGUUUCUUUAUCAGCUGAUGGAUGAGGUAUUUAAACAACCAAUGACUACUGUCUGGGACAAAUGAAAAAAUUGACUAAUUAAAUGAGUUAUUGGGGUUGCGCUAGUGUGCAAACCCUCAUAACUGUAGCAAAACCAUGAAGAUUUUGCGCUAACACUGACUGCACUUGGAACUUUUCAUAGUUCCCUUAAACACAGUCCAAAAGCUUCACCAUGAUGCUUCGAGAAGGUGUUUUUGUAAUUAAAUAUGGCCUCAUUGGUCCGAGUUUUAUCUUUUAGAAUGGUGAUAAAAAAGUAUAAUCUAUUUUUCAUUUGACCAUUACAAAAUAACUGCCAAGCUCACACAGGGUAACGUAUUUUGUUUUGGAAUGGAAUGGAAUUUUAUUGUCAUCAUCAUCGGUAUCAUUGACAAUCAUUGACAAUUACAAAAUGUGAUAUGAUUUGCCCGAAGGAACCGAAGAAGAAGACAAAGGAGGACGGGAUGAAGCAUAUGCUUAUCAGUUUCCCGUCCCCCAUUUUUUCAAUGUGCAGCUUAUUGUACAUGUUAAUAAGUACAAAUGUUAAUUAUCUUUAAUUCCCUGUAUUUACAACACAAAAUCCUGCUAUUUGAACAGGGGUGUUGGCACUUUUUCUUUUUAAUAUACAGUGGUGCAAAUAAGUAUUUAUUCAACCACUAAUUGUGCAAGU